UUUCGAAAGUUCUCCCAAAAAUAUUUUUCCAUUUUUUUUAUUCCAUUGCUGGUCAUAUGUUUAACGUAAUUCCGAUGUCUAACAAUACAAUUUCGAAUACUGCCAUCGGUUAAGGUCUACGCACCAUAUCUCUGAAUUGUAAUCAUGGAACGAAAACUUUAUUCGUCCGGAGCGAAAUGGGAGUCAAUAGCAGGCUACUCACGAGCAAUUCGUAUUGGAAAUGUAAUAGAAGUGGCUGGCACCGUUGCCGUAAACGAAUUAAAUGAAGUGGUCGGUAUAGAUGAUGUUUACGCUCAGACCACAUACAUUUUGGAAAAAAUACGAACAGUGUUACAAGAGGCCGGUGCCGACAUAAAGGAUGUCAUCAGAACUCGUAUGUUUACCACGGACAUUUCGAAAUUCGACGAGAUAUCCAGGGCUCACGGAGCGAUGUUCAAAGAUAUUCGACCCGUCUGCACAUUGGUGGAGGUUUCGCGUCUUGCGCAACCGGAUUUGUUAGUUGAAAUCGAAGCUUCGGCCAUAGUAACAUAAGUUCCGAUUCAAAAAUAAAUUGUCAAAUCAUGAACUGAGA